AAGAGGCUGCAGGAGGGAACGUGGGCUUGGGAGAGGGAGCGCAGCCUCGGGUGCCUGAGGCGGACUCAGGGGACAGGAGCAACUUCCAGAGCUCAGCCAACUUCAUGUUCCAAAAAUACAAGCUGCUGCCCUCCCUCCCAGCCAGCACUGAGCCCCCCCAGCAGGAUGGCAGCUCUCCAGCCCCCCAGCCCAGCCCCCCCAGCAGCACCCCCACACCAGCUCACCCAGCCUCCUCUCCAUCCAGCAACCCCCCAUUCCCACCGCCUGGCCCCCAGCUCAGCAUCACCCUGGCCCCAGACCCUCCCCAGACUGUGCUUCCCAAAGCCCCCUCCACCCCGGAGGAAGAGGUGUUGCUGGUCAAGAAGGUCGGUGUUCUCCCCUCGGGGCGGUACUUCAGCGCCCUGCACACCUUGCUCUGUGACACCAUCUCGGGCUCGGUGUCCCGCUCCUCCCCGGAGCUCCUGCGGCAGUGGCUGAAGAAGGCUGAGCUGGCAGAAGAGCUGGGAGAGAUGCCCAAAUCCCUGCCCAGCCCCAAACAUGGCUCCAAGGCUGCCGGUCCUCAGAAGCCCAGCAACGGCAAGGAGAUCUGGCUGGCUUUCCAGGACGUGGCCGCGCUCCUCUCCAAACUGCUCUCCCAGCUGAACACCUUCAUGUCCGCUUGCCCUUUCCCGCACGUGGUCCGGGCGGGAGCCAUCUUCAUCCCCAUCCAUGUGGUGAAGGAGAAGCUCUUCCCAAAGCUGCCCGGCAGCUUCGUGGACCAAGUGCUGCAGAAGCACAAGGUGGAGCUGCGUCCCACCACGCUCUCAGAGGAGAAGCACCUGAGGGACCUGGAGCUGAAGAGCUGCACCUCCCGCAUGCUGAAGCUCCUGGCGAUCAAGUGGCUUCCCGAAAUCUACCCUGACCUGCUCAACCUCCACUGGCACAACUCCAUCCAGCAGCAGCUCGGUUCAAGCUCAGAGACUGGCCAGCAGCCCUCCAAGUAGCCCUGACAUGGAGGCACUGAAAGCUGAUGGCAAAGCGACAGCCACGGACAGAUCAAGGGAAAGGAGGCGCUGAGGAAUGUGCCAAGGGCAACAGCCAAAUGAUGACAGGAAAGGGAAGGUCCCGAGUCCUCAGAGCCGUGGAUGCCGACACCACCAGCAGCCCUGCAGGCAGGUGCUCAGUUCCCACCACCAUCAGGAUCCUCCAGGAUGCUGAUACUUUGGCAGGGACCCUCUGGGGAUGCUGCUCAGGGUGGAGAACAGCUCAGGGGUGCUCCAGGGACACUCGCUGGGAUGCUGCUGCUGGGUUAUCCGGGCCCGCGGGCAUGGGCUCGAGCCCUUCACAGCAGCUGGAGCUGCUUUUCUUUGAAUGGAUCAUCUUUCAGUGUAUCUCCCGCCUCCAUCCGUGAUUGCCCUGGUGAGCUGAGAGAGAAUGGCUGGAGUUCCAGUGGAGCUGGAGCAAGAGGAGCAUGGAAAUGGCCACAGCACCCUUCCCAGCCUUGGAAAAAGGGACUGCAGGGAUGACAUCCCACCUCCUCCUCUGAAUUCCCCCUCCUGCUUUAUCCAUGCCUUUCCCAAUAAACAUCCCCUUCCUCUGUGAUUUUUACCUUUAAAGUGCCAUAAAGACCUGGCACAACAGCAAGGGCAAGGGAGUCGUGACUUCCAUAGUCCCAGGACUAAGCUGGUUUUGUCUUAAAUGAAGACAUUUUACAAAUGUUCUGGAUUAACCUUUAUAAGGAGUUGCUGCCUUCAGGUCAUGUGUUUUGGGUUGGGUUUUUCUUUAAAUACAGUAAUCUAGAUGUGUCUUUUUAUUUAAACUAAAAGGCUACAAGAAAGAUCUAAAGACUCUUAAAGAAAAGAAAACCAAAUCACUUCACAUCCCAGAUCCUGACCCAAAGGAGAACAUGGGAGAUGCACGUUUAGGGACCACCUUGGUGGAGACUAAAGGAGCAGAGAGGGCAAUGAUGCUGCCAGACCUUGGAAGGAGGGAUCCUUUCAUCCCAAAGGGUUAUGGGCAUGCCAGGAGGGAUGUGGGCAUCCCAGGACUGAUGGACAGCCUGUCACCCGGGGGAUGCAGUGGGGUAUAAAGCAGAGGCCUUAAAAACUCAUCGCUCAGGUGUUCUUCAAGCUGCUGCAGGGCAUGGAGGAACAAAAUGAGGGUUAUUCAAAUUUUUUAUUUCACUACAGGGAAUAUUUAUUUUAAACUAAAAAGAUGGAGUUCGGGGGUGUUGGGUGGAAAUGACCCUACCCACUCUGUACUUAUUUUAGCCAAAAGGUGUGUUUGCUACUGGGGGAUUUCUUUGGGUGCCUUCCUGGUUUUCUGUGGGGAUGGGGUGGCUGUGGAUGGGACAGGUAAGGGGGAUGCUGCUGUUCUCCUCACUCCCCCCCACAACUCUAUGCAUGUGCACAGUGAUUUGAAAAGCAGUGUUUGUUAAUAAUGUUGUCUUUGUACAUACAUAAGGUUCCAGGGAACAAAGCUCCUUCCCUUUAUUUAACUUUUUUAUAAGAAUAUGAAGAGUUGCCUCACCUGGUUUAAGUGAGUUUGACUUGUUUCCAGACAUGCCCUGCUUCUGUCCCUGCUUCCCAGCAUGGGCACAACGGGACCUUCCUGGGGUUGGAGAGUCCCCAGAU